CGUGUUGCGAAGUUUUAGGGUUGCUAGGACAUUCCGGGAGAAUUCGCAGAAAGUCAACUGUGUGGACUACAGCUCGAACGGCGAGAGUGCAAUAUCUAGUAGCGACGACGACUCCAUUGUUUUAUAUGACUGUCAGGAGGGAAAGUGAGCACAAUUAAUCUUGUUUCAUCGGCUGCAGUUUGCAUACCGUAACCUAUACGUGCACAAAACUGGCUAGAAGACACAUUUUCUAUGUGUGGGGCCUGUUGUUUGGGAACUUCCCCGAGCUCAAGUCCCACAUGGAGGUCGAUUGUUCAAAUGGGCAAAACAAGACCAAUACGGACCCUGUACAGUAAGAAGUACGGAGUAGACCUUAUCCGGUAUACACAUGGGGAUGCCAACACAGUGGUCUACAGCUCCAACAAACUAGAUGAUACCAUCCGAUACCUGUCUCUCACUGACAACAAGUACAUCCGCUACUUCCCUGGGCACACUGAUAGGGUUGUUGCUCUCUCCAUGUCACCGGUGGAUGACACAUUUAUCUCUGGUUCCUUGGAUAUGACCAUACGACUCUGGGACCUGCGCUCUCCAAACUGUCAGGGUCUUACUAAUCCUUUGGGUAAGCCUGUUUGCUCAUAUGACCCCGAGGGCCUGAUAUUCGCUGCUGGGGUCGAUUCUGAGGCGAUUAAACUGUACGACCUCCGCUCCUUUGACAAGGGCCCAUUCGCCUCCUUUGAGACUCUGUUUAGCCGUGUCUGUGAGUGGACUGGACUGAAGUUCAGCAGGGACGGGAAGCAGAUUCUCAUCUCUACCAACGGGGGUGCUAUUCGGAUCCUAGAUGCCUUCAAUGGAUCCGUGCUGCACACUUUCUCAGGCUACAACAACAGUAAAGGCAUUUCAUUGGAGGCCUGCUUCACCCCAGACUCAGACUUUGUCAUGAUUGGUUCAGAGGAUGGGAGGGUCCAUGUGUGGAGUACAGAGAGUGGGAUGAAAAUAGCUGUUCUGGACGGGAAGCAUUCAGGACCAAUCAACACACUGCAGUUUAACCCUAAAUACAUGACGUUUGCCAGCGCCUGCUCCAAUAUGGCGUUCUGGCUUCCCUGUGUAGGAGACUGAUAAAGGUGUGGGACCACAGAGACAAACUGUCCUCAUCAUUACCCAGGAUGCCUUUCUCUUUUCAUGUUGCUGAGUAUACAGAGACCGAACACUACUCUAAUGGCUCCAUAUGAAAUUGUAGGCACAUUAAGGCAUUGGGGAAAGGGAUUCCACUGACGAUUAACCACGAGGAGAACUGUCACUCUGUAAACUGAUUUAUUUGCCAAAUGGGGAAGGUUACAUGAGGGAAUCACUAGAGCUGUGGGAGACAGUAGUUAUUGUCCACUGUGAAUGGUGCUUGUUGAAAAGUUUUUAUGAGUAGAGAAUACCUGUGGUGUACUACUGACAAACACUUGUUUUUAUAUAUUUUGUUUUUUUCAACUGUGAUUCUGAGCAAGGUGCUCCAAUGUAUUAAUUAGCAGACAAUUAUGACCUUUUAACUUUUUAAGACAGUGACAACUCCAAUAAAGUAUGCAUUUUAACUGCGGAGACACGUUUUAUUGGGAAUUCAAUAUUUGUUUUAUUUUGUACUGUUUAUUCAGAAAGUAUUAAAGUGUUUUACGUCUAAUGUA